AUGCAACCUCACAAGAAGGUUGCCACCAAUACAACGGGAGGAUCAGGUAAUGGUCGAGACUCUCAGUCAGCAACUGGAGGUCACAAGGGAAGCAAAGGUGGAGACAUGAGUGGUCAUAAGAACAAGUAUGUACAAGGUUCUGAUUGGCACAAGAUCAAUGUCAACACAAAAGACAGCCAUGUAGGCAAGGCUGUCCAGCCCACAGUACUCCCUAAGCCUAGGUAUAAGGAAAUCAAGAACUGUAGCGAGGUUGAUUGCAAUUGGAUAAUGACCCAACACGAACCGAAUGGGCGUUGGAACGGAAAGCAUGCGGACAAGUAUAAAUAUUUCGUCGCGAAGUGUGCUGACUGUGCCGGGACUGGAGGAUACCGUAAGCAUCCCUGUAAAGUACAACCUAAGGUCGACAUUAAGUGA